ACAAGGAGGCGUCCCUUAGCUUCGCCACCCCAAAGGAAGAGCUUGGAGGUGGAGGAGGGCAGCUGAAAUCCGGCCGAAGUCUUGCCAAAAAGCGCCAUGGAAGGAUCCUCCCAAGUUCCCCCUAAGGAACGCUACCAGGCAGCCAUGGUGCUCUCUGGUGCGGGUGAUGCCCUUGGAUACCGCAACCAGCGCUGGGAGUACUGCACUUCGGGCCCCCAGAUCCACCAAGAGCUCCAAGAAAUGGGGGGCCUCAACAAGGUCCAGGCAGCACUCCCUGAUUGGCCGGUCAGUGAUGACACCGUUCUGCACCUGGCUACUGCUGAGGCCCUGGCCACAGGAAAAACUGAUGAAGAACUGUUCCAAGAGCUGGCCAGACGCUAUGUUGAAGCCAUGAAAGACAUGGAAGGCAGGAAGCCUGGACCUACAAGCAUUUUAGGAACAUCUCAGUUGCAUCCUGGGGAGCCAGGAGGCUAUCGCAUCCCCUUCAACCCCAAUGCAACCGGCUGUGGGGCAGCCAUGAGGUCCAUGUGCAUUGGGCUUAGGUAUCCACGUCCCUCGGACCUCAACACCUUGAUUCAAGUCAGUGUAGAAAGCGGAAGAAUGACCCAUCACCACCCCACAGGCUAUCUGGGAGCUUUGGCCUCUGCCCUUUUCACUGCUUAUGCAGUGCAAGGCCUGCCCCUUGAGUCCUGGGGGGCAGGAUUGCUCAAGACCCUGCCCCUUGCCUUAGAAUAUGUUCAGGCUGCUGCGGAGGAGAAAGACCCCAAUGUGGGGGCAUGGGGCUAUUUCCAAGAGAAAUGGGAAUGGUACCUUUCUGAACGUGGUCUUACUGAUGGCCGGGGUCCUGCUCAGUUUCCUCCUGCCUAUAGUCCUGCUGAGCGUGAUGUCAUCUACAAAACUUUCAGCCUGGAUGGGUGGGCUGGGCGCAGUGGGCAUGAUGCCCCCAUGAUUGCCUACGAUGCACUGCUGGGUGCAGGGAACAACUGGGAAGAACUUUGCAGUCGUUCCAUGUUCCACGGAGGGGACAGCGACUCUACUGGGGUGAUAGCUGCCUGCUGCUGGGGUCUUGCGCAUGGAUUCGAAGGAGUUCCAGAAGGAAACCAUGCAGAGCUUGAGUAUCGAGACAGAAUGACAACUGCUGCGGAUUCCCUCUAUCACCUCGCUUGGGGGCAGAUGGCACAUUGAAACAUUUUUCCCUUUUCAUUAUUUCUUGUCAAAAGCAUUGCAUAAAUAAGUAUAAAACUGAUAAAAUAGAGUGAGAACAA